UUGCUUUCCUCAGGUUUCUCUCCGAUCGGAGUGGCUCUACCUACAGUAUCCGCAUCUCAGCCACGGCCGCAGUUGUCUGGUUCCAUUGGAGUGAACAAGGUUGUUGCAGAUGCAGUAUCUUUGGAGAAAAACGAGGAGAAAGACGACGGCGAUCAUCCUGCGGAAAAGCGUGUUAAACUUGGUGAAGGAGAAUGA